AUGGUUGCGAUUGAUAAGAAAGUGUCCGAAACUAAACACAAUAAUUUUGGCCAAAAGGACUCGAAGAGAGACAAUGAAGUUAACGGAGAGUCGAAAAUGUAUUUAAAAGACUCUUUGGAUCGAUUCGGUGAUGAUUUGGUUCGACUUAUAUUGUCUUACCAUUCAAUCGACGACCGAAACAAUACAAUUCAGAAGAGAUGUCUUCACGAAUGUGUGUCCAAACAGUUUCAGCGAUUGAUUUUUGACACAAUUAAUGAGUUAAAUAUCGCUAAUAAAGUAAUCUUACGAUUAAGUGAACAAAACAAUGAUCUGUCGGACGAAGAGUUUUGUCACAAAUUGAUUAUAUUUCUGCAGAAGAAGUGCCCAAAGAUUCAAAUAUUUAAUUACAACCUUUAUAUCGAUAAGAAUACCAUUGAAUUACCAUAUUUUAGACAAUUGUUUGAAGCCAUCGAUCACUUGCGGAACAGUUGGCCAUUUCUGAAGACCUUAAUGUUGCCGCGAUUGACUCAAUGGGGUGUCCGGCAGUCGGCAGAGAUGGAGAGUCAGAUGACUUCAGUCGAGCGCAUCAUUGAGUACUCAAAACUACCACAAGAGGCGGCCCUCACAGCACAUGAUAGCCAUAAACCCCCUCCCGAUUGGCCACAGAAGGGAGAGAUAGAAUUCAAAGAUAUGAGUUUGUGUUACGAGGGGUCAGACAAACCGGUGCUCAAAAACUUGAAUUGUGUUAUAAAGAGUGGAGAGAAGAUAGGGAUCGUCGGGCGGACGGGCGCCGGCAAGUCGUCCAUCAUAUCAGCGCUGUUUCGUAUGGUUGAGCCAAAGGGGGAGAUAGUAAUGGACGGCUUGUCUGUUAGAUCGAUAGGUUUGCAUGAAUUGCGGUCAAAGAUUUCAAUCAUACCUCAGGAUCCGGUGCUCUUCGCGGGAUCCGUCAGAAGAAAUUUAGAUCCUUUCGGCGAAUACAGCGACCAAAGGAUAUGGAGUGCCUUAGAAGAGGUGCAGCUGAAGGAAGCGGUGGGGGACCUCCCGGGCCAGUUGGACGGCCAGUUGGCCGAAGGGGGCGCUAAUCUGAGUGUAGGUCAGAAGCAGUUGGUAUGUCUGGCGCGGGCUAUACUGCGACACAAUAAGGUACUAGUGCUGGACGAGGCGACCGCUAAUGUUGACCAUCAAACCGAUGCCUUAAUUCAGACCACAAUUCGUCGCAAAUUCAAUGACUGUACUGUCCUUACAAUCGCUCACAGACUCAACACUAUUAUUGAUUGCGACCGCGUAUUGGUGUUAGACGCGGGAGAAAUCAUAGAGUUUGACAAACCGUUUGUUUUAUUGCAAAGAAAGGGACAGUUGUAUGACAUGUGCCGCAAGACUGGGAAACAUAUGUUCAAACAUUUACUAAAUAUGGCUAAAAAAUCACAUCUUAAGUAAUUUCAUAACACACAAGUAGACGAGAAAGACGGCUUAAUACAGCAGUUUUAACAAUACUUUAACUUAGCAUAUG